AUGACGAAGAAGAAGAAGCCCAAGCCAGCUACCUCAAGAAAAGCCUCCUCUUCUCCGCCAUCUUCAUCCUCCUCCAGAUCUUAUGGUGUCAAUGAGCAGGACGCCUCCAGGUCUCCUGUUAACUCUUCACUGAUUGUUUGUGACCUUGAAGACGCUGUUAUCGCUGGCUCGGUCACUCUACCCUCUUCAGAUCUGCACCUGGAAACCCCAGCUACAGUUCAAAUUGGUGAUGUUGAAAUUGAUCUUCCUCCUUCGGAAACCAUCGGUAUUACGUCACCUUGUGCGAAGUCCACUGUUGCCGUCACUUUUGAGACGCCAAUUUCAGAAUCUACUGUUGCCGUCAUCCCUGAGACGCCAACUGCAAAUCACACUGUUGCCGUCAACUCUGAGGCGCCAACAACAAAGUCCACCGUUGCUGUCAACCCUGUGACGCCAACUAUCAGUCUUGCGCAAGCGGUUGCUGCGGUCCAACCAGACACCCAAGCCCAGGAACCUAUAGUACCUAGCUCCUCCGACAAAGCCACAGAAAAUAACCUUUCUAACACCCAAGCUAAACCAGCGAAUGAAUGGGUGGGGCUAUUCAAAGGCAGAGGAAAAGGGAAGGAGCUGGAGAAGAAAGGCACUCCAUUUACGCUCCCUUCAGGGGAAAUCUGCAUAAAAAUUCCAAAUUCGGUCAUCGAAAAGAAUAAGAAAUCUUGGGAGUGCUUUAUCAUUGGUCAGUUUUAUUCCGAUCCUCCGGCUCAAAGCUUAAUUCAUAGCAUUGUUAACGGCAUCUGGAGUAAGCAGUACCGUGAUAUCACGGUUUCGAAACUCGAAGGCAACGCUUUCCUGUUCCGUAUUCCAAACGUGGCGACCCGCAACCGUGUUAUCUACCAACGGCUUUGGCAGAUAGAGGGACAAACAAUGUUUGUUGCUCACUGGGAACCGGGGAAUUUACCUGAGAAGCCGGCUCUCACUUCUGCUCCCAUUUGGCUUGAACUCAGAAAUGUUCCUCUGCAGUUCUUCAACGAGGAUGGUCUUGAACGUAUCGCUGGCCUGGUUGGCCACCCAAAAUACCUACAUCCAACAACCGCAAACAAGACAAACCUUGAGGUCGCGAAAGUCUUGACUAUCAUUGAUCCGAGACAGCCUCUUCCGGAAGCUGUAAACGUUCAGUUUGAUUCAGGUGAUAUUGUUCGGGUGGGGGUCUCAAGCCCCUGGAUGCCUCCGGUUUGCUCACAUUGUAGAGAAAUAGGCCACACGAUCAAGCGCUGCCCUUCUGCUCCUAAAUCUUGCAAAGGCUGUAACUCCACGGCUCACCCUUCAGACUCCUGCCCCAGAUCAAAAGGUCAUCACCAUAAGAAAGAGCAGAGUAAAAAGCGUUAUGUUCCUGUUCGUGAGAACGCUAAAAACAAGGAAUCUGACCUCCACGGCAAGCCAGUGGCUCAAUCUCAAAUCCCCUCUGAUUGGAAAGGAAAGUCCAUUGAUCAGCAGAUUGAGCUUAAAGGAUCGUCUGACCCGGGAAUAACCACUAAGUCAAAGCAACCACCUAAGGAGUAUGCUGAGUCCAGUAAAGCAAACGGUGGUUCUUCUUUCUCUGAAGUUGAAUCUGAUUCUUCUGAUGUCCCAUCUUCUGAUUCUGAUAUGGAAGAAGGGCAAUAUAUUCCGUCUGGAAAACAGAAAAAGUUUAUGAAUGCGGUUCUUCCUGGCUGGUUGUUUGAUAGUAACUACGCAUUUUCGGAUUUAGGAAAGAUUUGGCUUACAUGGCAUCCUAGUGUAAAGGUUGUUGUCAUAUCCAAGUCCCUUCAGAUGAUCUCCUGCGAGGUCUCCUUUCCGGCUUCUACCUCCCCCGUGAUUAUUUGUUUCGUCUACGCAUCGACAGAUGAUAUGGAACGGAGGCUUCUCUGGUCUGAACUCACAUCCCUAGCUACUGAUCAUCGUGUUAUGGGUAAGCCUUGGGCCGUUCUUGGUGACUUUAAUCAGGUUCUCAGACCCUCAGAAAACUCAGCAGCUACUGGUCCAAAUGUUGAUCUCCCUACUCGUUUAUUUGCUGAAUCUCUAACCCAGUGUGCUUUAGCGGAUAUUACUUUCAGAGGAUCUUCCAAUACUUGGUGGAACAAAAGACGACUGGAACCUAUUGCUAAGAAACUCGACAGAGUCCUAGUGAAUGAUGAUUGGCUGCUCUUAUUUCCCUUAUCUCUGGCAGUGUUUGGCGAGCCAGCUUUCUCAGAUCAUGCCUCAAUGUCUUUGUAUCUGCACUCGGGUGCUCCUAAGCAGAAAAAGCCAUUCCGGUUCUUCAACUAUCUGCUCGAGAAUGAAAAUUUUCUACCCUUGGUUGCUCAUCAUUGGUUCUCCUUCAGCAUAAGAGGUACUGCUAUGUUCCGUGUCGUUAGAAAACUCAAGACUCUCAAGAAGGCCAUAAGGGAUUUCAGCAAGCAAAAUUAUUCUGAUAUUGAGAAGAGAGUAAAAGAGGCAUCUGAGGACCUUGCUGUUGCUCAGAUUCGCACCCUAAAUGACCCUUCCACGGAAAAUGCAGAGAUGGAGUUGAACUUGCAACAAAAAUGGGUAACGCUCUCUACAGCCGAGGAAUCUUUUUUCUAUCAGCGCUCAAGGGUUAAUUGGUUAACUGUGGGAGAUAGAAACACCCCUUUUUUCCACCGUAUGGCAAACGCAAGGCAAGCUUUCAAUCACAUACACUAUCUUAUUGAUGAGGACGGCGUGCGCCAUGAAUCUCAGGAGGAUAUCCAGAACCUUUGUGUCAAUUACUUCUCGAACCUUUUGGGAAACUCGGUUGAUCCUCCUAUGUUUAUCCAGGAUGAUAUUUCCACCCUCGUGGACUUCUCUUGUUCGACAGCUCAGCAGGCUCUACUCACCGCUCCAAUCACUGCUGAUGAUAUCCGUGAGGCGUUCUUCUCUCUUCCUCGCAAUAAGGCGAGUGGUCCCGAUGGAUACUCUCCAGAGUUCUUCAUGAGUUGUUGGUCUGUUGUGGGUGGAGAGGUAACUUCGGCUGUUGCUGAAUUCUUUAACUCAGGGUGCCUCCUUAAACAGCUGAAUGCUACUAACCUCGUCCUUAUCCCAAAGAUUCCUAAUGCUUCAAAGACCACUGACUUCAGGCCCAUAUCAUGUUUGAAUACUAUCUACAAAGUGAUCUCUAAGCUUUUGGCAGAUCGCUUGAAAGGAAUUCUAAACUUGGCGAUAGGACACUCUCAGACUGCUUUUCUGCCUGGUCGAUUACUUACUGAAAAUGUUCUUCUUGCAACCGAAAUAGUGCAUGGCUACAACUCUAAUAAUGUGGAGCCUAGCGGGAUGUUGAAAGUUGACCUACGGAAAGCUUUCGACACUUUGAGAUGGGACUUUGUCAUAGCAUCUCUGCGCGCUAUAAACGUGCCUGAAACAUUUAUAGGAUGGAUAUCUUCUUGUAUAACCACAGCUUCAUUCUCUAUCUCAGUCAACGGACACACUGGUGGUUACUUCAGGAGUACUCAAGGGCUUCGACAAGGCGAUCCCCUCUCACCCUAUCUAUUUGUGCUUGCCAUGGAAGUUUUCUCUGGUCUUCUUCGUUCAAGGUUCAACUCAGGCUACAUCCGCUAUCACCCUAACACAGAGGAGCUGGGAAUCACCCACCUCAUGUUUGCAGACGACGUUAUGGUAUUUUUUGAUGGCGGUAGCUCCUCUCUUCAUGGGAUUAACGAGACACUUGAUGAUUUCGCUGGCUGGUCGGGUCUUCAAAUGAACAGAGAUAAGACUGAAUUGUUCUAUGCAGGAGUUAGCCAAGAAGAAACCACUGCGCUUUCUGCCUAUGGUUUCAAGAUUGGCUCUCUCCCGAUUCGAUACCUAGGCCUCCCGUUGAUGCAUAGAAAGCUAAAAAUCUCUGAAUAUUCUCCUCUGAUCGACAAGCUCAACAGCAGAUUCAAUCUUUGGGCCACUAAAACUCUAUCCUUUGCUGGUCGCUGCCUAUUGAUCAAAACCGUCAUUACAGGAACUGUCAAUUUUUGGAUAUCUACUUUUCUUCUUCCGCGGGGAUGUAUCAAAAAAAUAGAAUCGCUUUGCUCGCGAUUCCUCUGGUCUGGCGCAACAGAUAGGCGAGCAAACGUCAAAGUAUCAUGGAGCACAGUGUGUCUGCCCAAGGAUGAAGGAGGCAUUGGCCUCAGAAACUUUAAACUUUGGAAUAUUACUUUGUUAUUGCGUCUUGCGUGGCUCUUAUUUUCAGGUAGGGGCUCCCUCUGGGUUGCUUGGCAUCGUCACCACAACUGCCCUACCUCCUAUAGCUUCUGGUCACAAUCGGAAUCACCGUUUAUGUCCUGGAAUUGGCGAUGCAUACUUCGGCUUAGAGACUUGAUAUCAAGAUUUCUCACCAGUGAUGUCCACAACGGAUGCAAUACAAGUUUCUGGUACGAUAACUGGACCCCCAUGGGGCCUCUAAUCAAAGUCUUCGGUAGGACUGGCACCCGCAACCUAAGGAUUCAUAUAGAUGCAUCCGUGGCUGAUGCUUAUAAUGAGCAAGGAUGGAGGCUGCCGCAUCCAAGAUCAGAUACGGAAGUUGCGCUUCACUCCUUUCUCACUACCUUUCCUACACCAUCGCUAGACAGAGGUCCCGACAUCUUUAGUUGGUCAACAGAGGGACAAUCACACCCGGUUUUCUCUUCCUCAAGGACAUGGGAAGUGCUGAGACCUAGAGCUCCAACCCAGGCCACUGCAAAACACAUAUGGUUCAGUGGAGCUACACCUAAGCAUGCUUUCCAUUUAUGGGUUACAAAUCUGAACAGGUUACCUACAAGAUGCCGCCUUGCUUCUUGGGGUUUACAGAUCCAAACUGACUGCUGCAUCUGCUCGACACAACAGGAAACCAGGGACCACUUGAUGCUCUCUUGCCCUUAUGCUGGGGUCUUAUGGACUGAAAUUAAUCGUAGGAUCAGAGACCCGGUACCACCAUUCUCAAACUGGUCGCACCUCAUCCAGUGGGCUUCGUCGUCCACUUCCUUGACGCCAUCAGUGCUGCGUAUGAUGGUGGUUCAAGCCCUAACUUACACCAUCUGGCAACAGAGAAAUAAUAUGCUUCACAACCAGACCCUGCUCCCUCCAUUGGUGGCUUUCAAAGGAAUUAAUAGACACAUCAUUGAUUCAAUCUAUACAGCAAGGAAGCGAAGAAAAUUCAGCUCCCUUAUGGCACUUUGGCUCAUAUGA